CCUCACCCUCACCCACCACCACCACCACCACCACCCCAUAUACACUAAGAUGGACGCCCAGCUCUACACCCAGCUGGAGGCCAUCGACUCAGACAUCAAGACUAUCCUCCGCCGCAAGCGCCGCGCUGCCAAGGCCAAGGCCAAGGCCAAGCGGUCGCGGGCGGCGGAUGGAGUGCCGUCGGGCCACGCCACCAAGUCGGAUGCUCGGCGUGGCUCACGCUCGCGCUCGAGGUCGGAUGACGGCUCAGAGUCAAGCGAUGGAGUGACCCACAUGCUCCCGGCCCGGAUUCGUGCUCGAGCCUCGCGCACCGGCACUGCUGCCGGCCGGGGUGCUGCUCGCAAGUCCGCCCGCCCCACUCUCCUGGAUGAGGUCCGUGCCGCCCGGGCCGAUCCGGCCGAUAUCUACCGCUCCAACAUGGCCGCCAUCCUCGGAUCGCGCUCCGCUGCUCUGAAGCGUGCUGCUGAACGUGAAGCCAAACGCAACUCGCGCCGUCGCCGCCCGCGCAAGGGCAAGGACAACACGCCUGCUGUGGCUGCCCCGGUCUCUGUCGCCCUUCCAGCCGUCAGCGCCAUUCGCGAGCGCCUCGACGCCGAGGCCAAGGCCAAGGCCCGCAAGCGUCGCCUUCUCGCCCGCCGCCGCCGUGGCUCGCCGGUUCCGGAGCUCUCGUCGUCGUCGUCCGAUGACUCGGACUCUGUCGCCUCGGACGCUUCGUCGUCAUCACUCAAGUGGUGACGAGCAGCUCACCUCACCCGCUGCCGUCGGCCGUUUACUUCAACCGCAUCGUCAUCGGCGGAAGCAGCUCUUCCCGCGCUCGCUGGGCAAUGUGUGGGUACUUGGAGUUCCGCUCCGAUGGCGCAAUGCCGCCGGGUACAAACAGCGGCUCGCGGUCGCGCUCCAGCUGCUCGAUCACCCCGCCGACCACCUUGUCGCGAUACGCCUUCCACCGCUUUGCCCGCACCUGCUCCUUGUACAUCUCGCGGAGCUUUUCUUCCGGAAUCGUCGUUGCAUACAGGUGCUCCUCAAGCUUGCGGUGGAAGAGCGCGUGCUCAAAGUGUAGCAGGUCGUGCCGCGGAAGCUUGCCGACUUCGACCCCGUGCUCGCCGGCGGUCACCGUCUCAAGUGUCAUCUCGCGGCUGUCGACCCGGAACCCAAACAGCGCUCCGCGCGUCAAGUCCUGCAGCCGCACCAGCUUGACCGGCUCGCUGCGGUCCUUGGCUUCGGCCGAAAGCGCGCGGUCGACAUGAACAGAGCCCUUCUUGAGAAAGUACACAUGCCGCGACCGCUCCUGUGCUCGGUACAGCACGUCGCCUGGCUUGUACUGCACGAACAGCAGCUUGUCCGCCA